CUCUCUCUCCAGGAUUAAAAGUUUUGGCAUGGCAUGGCAUGGCAUGGCUAAAGAAAGCGUUCCAUUACAGAAGGAUGGAGAAAGUUAAAACUUUUACAUUCCUGGACCGCUGUUGCUCACAAUACGGUUUUGCGCUCUUCAAUUGGGAAGAUCGGGAGCAGUUUUGGUACUCCCAGUUCCAUGCCUGUUGUUCAACCACCCUUGUCUUAUCUUCUUCCACAGCCUUGUCAUAAGCCCUCUGCCACCAUCUGCUCUCGGCUUCUGCUCAAGUUUGGUGGGACGGCCGCCGAACUGCGAAGGUGCGAUCCUUCUGGGAGAUUUUGUGCUCUCUUUAUGCAUGCUUUUCAAGUGUCGGCGGUAGACCGGGGAUGAUUUCAGGUGAUGCACAUAGGGCGGGGAGGACGCGUGCGGACCUUGGAUCGCCUUGUUGAGCUGGCGCGUCACAGCGUGGAGCUCGUAUGAAUCGUAGAGGGUGCUCCCGUUGCCACCAUUUCCAGGGCUCGCCCUCCAGAUUGGAUUCAUUUUCUGGAAGUGCGUGUAGCGGAGCGGACCGGCGAAGUCGCCGGUCGACAUUCUUCUUCUGCCCUGACCUCCAUGAGCGAGGGGGAGGCGUUUUGCUUGGCAUUAUAUAUGCCAAUGGGAUGCGGUCUUGGGAAGGUCUUGGGAAGUGUCGUAUUUGCUUAUGCGCUCGAUGUUACACUGCAUUGUUUCCUUCGUUGAACAUGAUCUUCUCUCGUCUCUUCUUGUAGUGACAUGGACGAUAUGGUCAUCUUUUUGCCCACGCUAUUAGAAUUUGUGGAGUUAAAACAUGGUACAUAAACGGCCUUUUGAUGGUGAGGGACAGCAUGAAGUAACUUCGAAGCUUCCAAGACAAGAACACUGUGAUCGGCCAGCUUUGUUUUCUGAGUUUGGUUCCUUUGGAGACACUCCUAAAGUACCUGAUGGAUCAGGUGAGGCAGGCUUCGCAGUAAACAAAGUUGAACAGGAGCUUGGUGGGGAGAAAGAGACAAAACCUCCUAUAAGCAAUGAGGAGGAAGCAGAUUGCAGUCUUCCUGGAUGCUAUUCUGUCUCUUCGUGGGGCACCAGUAGUACCAGUGAAGAAGAUAUCUGGUCAGAGGCACCCUUCCAUGGAUCUUUUUUUCCAGAUUAUUUUUAUCCUCAGCGUCCAGUGAGGACUUUGCCGCGAUAUGAGGACAUCUAUUCUUUACUUUUAGAAAACCCCCCACAAAAACCAAUUCCCAUUGGACCAGAUCAUCAAGCUGACAUUCCAGCAUUGAGAGAGCAGGCUUUUGAAGAUGUCUCAAGUUAUUCAGCAUCAAUUGAAGCAAAUCCUAAUUCUGACAGACAACAGCUUAAGCAAGUGACCGGAGACAAAGAUGAAGGACAUCCAGGUGGGAUCUGUGUCAUUCCAAUGCCCAAUUGUGAACAAUUUGGUAACAGUGAUGACAAAAUUGGGAAUGGUAGAACAAACUGUUGUUGUGGGGAUAGGGGUUCCUUUGGAUGUGUCCAAAAGCAUGUUGUGGAAGCAAGAGAUAAACUUAAAAGAGUCCUUGGGCCUGAGACUUUUGCAGAGUUGGGUUUCUUUGACAUGGGAGAGCAUGUUGCUGAGAAAUGGACUGAUGAAGAAGAGAAGAUAUUUCAUGAGAUUGUUUUUUCUAAUCCAGCUUCGAUUGGCAAGAAUUUCUGGAAUAAUCUUUCUGCUGCCUUCCCUUCACGUAUGAAAGGGGAAAUAGUGAGUUAUUACUUUAAUGUAUUUAUGCUCCGGAAGAGGGCUGAGCAAAACAGGUGUGAUCCAAUGAACAUAGACAGUGAUAAUGAUGAAUGGCUGGCGAAUGAAGAGGAGGAUGAUUCUGUUGUUGAAUCCCCUGUACAUGGGGUUGAUCCUGCUGACAGAGAUCAUGUCAGUGAAUAUGAUGAGGAUGAUGAUGAUGAUGAUGUUGCAGAUGAACCUUGUGACGAUGACAGAAAUGCGAGUUUCAAAAGUCACAAGGCGAUGGUUGAUGUACCAGAAGGAUGGCCUGGAAAGAUUAAUUACCAGGAAAACCCUACAUUUCAGUUGGAGGAGAAAACUUGGGAUGACAGGGUAGAUCAAGGUGCACAGGAUGAUUCGUGUACAUCUUCUGACACAGUAGCUGUUUCGCAGGGGACCCAUGGGAAGGGCUACGACGGUUGCCGGAAUGUUUUCUUUGACAGGUUGAAUGGCGACAGAAGCCACGAUAAUGAGACAGAGCUUUGUAGUGGGAAAGUGUGGAGUGCUGGGUGUAUGGCUUGUCCAAAAAGGGAAGUUGACUUUUUGCCCACAUUCAGUAUGAUUGAAGAGGUUUUUGGACACGAUUCUUCAAACUGCAAGCCGGAUAGGAAGGAUCUUGGCUAGUGGCAUUAGUCAUUCUACCAAAGAUGCAGUUGUGUGAAGAUAGAGACCGGUCAAGUUGGGCAAAAUUUGCCUGAAAGACUUUAAAAUGGAAAGUGAGAUGCUCUAUUUAGAAAAGAGUAUCAACAAAGAGAUGCUUCCGGUUUUCCUUUGUAAAUGUGGUUGGAGUGGAAGAUGGAAGUCUUGCCUUUUUCCUGUAAAACUUCAUUACCGUUUUAGAAGGUUAUUAAUUUUUCAGUGUUGAGGCAGCCUCAACAGUUGGUACUCUUUUUAGUUUUAAGAUCCCCCUUGUACACCUUUUCGAGGGAAUAAGAUUGUUUGUUCUGAGUU